GGAGCAUACACCACUCGUAUAUAGUGUCUCGUCAAUAUCUCAGCAAGAAUUAUUGCCAUCAUAUUUGAUCGAGCUGGAACACUGAAACACCAUGUAUCUCGACUACUUGGAAUAUUGCAACGAACCAGCCACCACCAUGUACCGACCUGGCGUCACCACCAACUACCAGUUCCCGUCUUACAACUACGGACAGCAAACUAACCAGUAUAGUCCAAAUACAAAUGAUUAUACGCAUUUUUCUUUAUCAGGGGUCAACGCAGAAAAUUUCACCCAGCCAUGGACUGGGCAGUAUGCGACACCCAGCGACUGGCAGGCAUUUAGCGCAGCGGCGAAUACACCGACCACCGCUCAUCUAACGACAGCUACAUCGACAUCAGGAGAUUACACAACUAAUGGAACAGCAUCGCCCAGCAGUACAUGUUCAGAGCCAUUGGCGGUAGCUUCCCCGACCUCGGCAGUAAUGAGCAACCUUAGUCAACAGCGAUCAGCGUCAUCCACACCUCACACCAGCCUGGACCCUUACGCAUGGAUGAGACCGGCAACGUACAACAAGAACCAACAAACCGGAGAUGUCUCUCAGUUAAUAUCUGGCUCCCAAGUUGUGGAUGGUGGUAUGCUUACAGGUAAAACUCGCACUAAAGACAAAUACCGAGUCGUGUACACCGACCACCAGAGACUGGAGCUAGAGAAAGAAUUCCAUUACAGUCGAUACAUCACCAUACGCCGUAAAGCUGAGCUCGCGCACGCACUGGGACUAUCGGAAAGACAAGUCAAAAUAUGGUUUCAGAACAGACGUGCCAAAGAACGAAAACAGAACAAAAAAAAGGUCAUGGCCCAAGGACAUCAACAACAACCGCCAAUACAGCAGCAGCAGCAACAACAACAACAACAUCCGCAGCAACAACAACAACAACAACAACAUCAACCACCACCACCGCAACAACAACAACAAACACACAUAAAUCAGCUUGAGCCUAUUAUACAUCACCAUCAACUACAGCCUCAAACACACCAGCAGCAUCAACAACAACAAGAACAACAACAACAACAUCACCACCAACGACAACAGCCACAACUGCAACGACGCCAAAGCACACCAACAACAACAUCAACAGAACCGACGGCGUUGACCACAACAAUUAUUCAGCCAAACCAUCCGCAUAUAGUAAAACAAGAAAUUACCACGAAGCAGAAGACGAGUUCAACUUCCGACAAUCAACGAUAACUGUAGAAAUGGACUUAAAUAGACUGUAAUAAAUAAAUAUUGUUGUAUAAAAUAUAGCACAACCAUGUAACAUUACAUGUGGUUUACAGCCUAAGUCCUAGCAAUGCUAUACAAUACAAACAAGUAUUGAAUUUGCUGCGUAUAUUGCCGAGCUUCUGUUCAUAGCACAGCCUGGUGUGUACGCACAUUGAUAUAAAUACAAAUGCUGAAAAUUACCGAACACACAAAUAACGAAAACAAAAAUAAGCAAUCACAACCAUCGAACUUGGCAUCUUUAAAGAAAUAAAAUGGAUGCUAUUUUUCUUUACUACAAUGUCCUCAUUUAUAUGUACAAUUUAAUAUAACAAAUUACCUUACCACUAUUUUUUCCGAAAGACAAGGCGACACUCCCUUUUGGAUGACAACCCCUGACAUACCCCAAUCGUUAAAACCAUCACCAUUUCGGUGCCCUUGGUGAAUCGUAAUCAUAAUGACUUUUCUACAUUUAUGGCGGAAUUAAUUCCCAUUAACGCGUUCCUUUAUUGGUCACAAGCUCCACCUCCAUCAUUGCUUCCCGGCAAUUUAUUUUAUCACAAGUAUAGUUUUACUACCCAUGGAAACCAUUUAAUACAGUAACUCCCGUACACUUUUCAUUACAUCGUCUACUUGUGACUAGAUGGUUCAACUGUUUCCAUUAUCUGCGAAAUAGUGAGUACCUUUCUAUCGUAUUGCUAUUACACUGGUCAUUUUAGCUAGCUGUAUGUUUACGUAUGUCCAACAUUUUAGUAUGAAUAAUAUUUGUUGAAGAAAAGAUGAGCACAAUUUUUUAACACGAACACUCCGUUUUUCUCCAAUCGCCUUAAUUUGAUAUCAAGUUCUGGUCAGUGCUUAAGUUACGAAUUAUUGUAUUCUUGUUGUCCGUCAGUCAUUUUGAAAACCCACUCGACAUGUGUAUAUUACACUCUGUAAAAGUCGAACAUAACAGCAAUUUUAUUUAACGUUAUCUUGUUAUGAAUGCGAAAUUUAAUAAUAGUAAUAAUACAGAAUUAUCUUAUUGUAGUCAUAUUUUCUGAAGAGAGGCUUAUUUUUUCAUUUCAAUUAUUUUGUUUUCAACGGCCGAGCAUUACCACUAGUAGUGUUUGAAUUGUGAUGGCAAUGGCCAACGCCGAAAACGCUUACUUUGGGACAGAACCAGUAAUUAUGUAAUCUUAAAUUUGCCGAAGCCCAAGUCCCUUCGAUCAUUCAAAAUAAAUUUGUGGCAUCACACUGAAUUCUAUUAUAAUAGUAUCAUACCAGCUUUCUUUUAUUUUUAAAUGAAAUGUCUAUUGUGUAUUUUAUGUGAUAGACUUUUUGUUAUAAAUUAUUGUAUUUUCGAAAAUCAGCGUGUUCAGAGUAUAUAUUAACCGCGUGUAUGUAUUGAACAUAUAAGGCGUUGUUGCCAAGGCGGUGUUGCCACUGAUAUCGAGCGGCGUGUAGUGUGCUUUAAUUCAUUUAGCUCAUUAGUAAAUCCGCUCCUACAGAUGCCCGAGCCGAUAUGUGAUAACUAAAUUAAGACUACGCUGUAAUUUACACACUCUGUUCAGUAAUUUUCAGUGAGCAAUUGAAAUUGUCUCUUGCCCGCCGCGUGUUUGUAUACCCUGCUUUAAUUGAAUUAUUCACGCAGGUCCCCAAAAACACUGCUGCUUGUGACGGCAUUCUGGUGAUUUUUGUGUAUGUUAUUUAUACCUGAUUUGUUCACAAAAAUACUAACAGAAUGUUAUAUUGACGAUCGACAAAACUGCAAUGCAGCCGAUUCUAAUUCAUUGAUCACAUAUUUAUAAUGGCAAUGUAGGCGGUUUACCGGUUAUCUCUAGUGGUUCGACGCUCGCCACUGUGAAGUGCAAAGCCGCCGACGCAACUACCUCGGCUCUUUAGCUGGUUACAUCACGAAUAUUUCAAUUUUAUAUUAUUUUUUUUCGUAUAUAGUACCUCCGUGUUUAUUUGACAUUUUAUGUAUUCAGACACACACACAACAACAAAAAAACAGACAGACUUCAAUAGUUGCAACUUCGUUUUACCUCACACUAUAAUUUGCAUGGCUGAUCAUUUUCUCUGUAACUUAAACUGAUCGAUUAUUUCCGUAGAUUUUAUUCCUUGGGAUCAAGGUUUUUUUUUAUUUUUCACAUUUUAAGAAAACACAUAUUCCGAUA